AUGGACUUUUUUAAGAAUACUCUAGACCUUCUGAAAAGAGACGAUACCAAGCUUUUCAAGAAUACCAUCUCUCCUGCCUCACACAAGAGUUCUCCUGGUGUCAAUAGUUACAAUGGAGAAACCACUUUACCAGUUUCUACUAAUCCAUUACCAAUUUCCAAUGGAACCAAUGCUACUACAACUCCUAAUCUCCCAACCACUUCCAAUAAUGGUAAUAAUGGAUUGCCUUCUGUGAAUGGAGUCCCAAAAAAUCAACCUUCCACAACCACAACAACCAAUUCAAUCAAUCCACCAUCUCCAAUCACUUCCCCAAAUACUAGUGAACAAGAAUUAUGGAAGUUGCUAGAAAAACAAAGACAACGUAAGUAUUUUUCAAUCAAUUAUACUAAUAAGGAAAAAGUUCGUAAACAACGAAAACCUCAACCCUCUUCUACAGUUCCUCUCUCAAACAUUCCCAAUAUGACUAGUCAGAAUCCUCAACAAAUUAAACCAGCCAAUCCUUCAGUGAAGAGAAAGAUUGGAGGAGGUGGUUUAAUUCAACAAGUUAAUGUAAAUAAUGGACCAACAGUCAAGAAUCAACAGCCACCAAAGAAGAUAAAAACAGAUAUACGUUAA